ACUAAUAUUUAAAUUCAAAAAUGUUCAGUGCAAAUCAUUCAACGAGUCUUUAAUGGUUAUGCCGAUUUGCCAAAUUCGUGCCGUUGCCCGGGAUAAAAAUGUUUUUAACAUGUGGGCGAUUUGGCGAUAUUCCGUCAACGAAGUUUCCACCGAAGUUCAAAUUUUCAAACGUGCCAAUGGAUUCAAGCCGUGGCUAUUUAAGUAUACCAUAAACUUUUGUGAAUAUUUACAGAAAAAGAACCAUCGACUUUUUAAUCUUGUUUUUAAUCUAUUCAAAGAGUAUACAAACUUGGCAACCAAAACAUGUCCUCUCGUGGGAAAUAUAACGGUUUUAGGAUUUAAUCUGAAUUUUGAUCGACUUAAGCUUCCUCUGCCAACUGGCGUUUAUUUGCUGGCAACAUCGUGGAUCUUGGACAAAAAAUUAACAUCAAAUUUGAAUGUAACAUUUGAAUUUGUCGAGGACUUUGGUCUUGACGCUGAGAAAAGUCUUUCCGGCCACUGAAGCUUUUGUUUUUCCUUUUUUUGUUUGGUAGACUGAGGUCUUAGAGAUGC